AUGAGCUCUGGACAGUCAAGUCUUGGCCGGCGGAAAAGAGGAUCACAGUCACCGACGAAGCGGAGCUCGCAGUCGCCAACGAAGAGUAGCACCACGCCGAAAACGACAAGCACAAAGAGCACGGGCCCGUACGAUCGCGCGUUUCAGCAGCACCUUAUCGAUCAUAACAUUUUACCCCAUGGCUAUGAAUACCCUGAUGGCCGGUUACCACAAGAGCCCGAUAACAUGGACGAGAUCCGCCAGGUGUUAGCCCAACCUAGGGCAUCUUUAUCGCCGUCCAAGUUCUCGAACGAAGACUUUCGCAAGUUCGAGCGAACCGACGCGCAGGCAGCUAAGGAGAGAGAGGUUACUACAAAUGUCAUUCCUAUCAUCGAAGGAGAUGUUGGGGACAAGAAAUGUAUCGCUGGCGAGAUACCAUUUACGAACUUGGAACAUUUAACUGAUGGAACACUCGUGCCUGGAAACCCCGAUCUGUAUUAUGGCGCUCGUCCCGAACAGCUUCACAGGACUGUUCGUCGAGAGUUAAGCAACUACAUUAUACCAUCUACGCAGCAUGACCUUCCUAUUGUGCCAAACUAUCUAUUUCAAGCAAAGGGCCCGGAUGGCAGUCUCUCGGUUGCGACGCGGCAAGCAAGUUACGAUGGUGCUCUUGGAGCAAGGGCAUUUCAUUGUUUGCAGUCAUACAAACAACCAGAGCCAAAAUAUGACAACAACGCAUAUACGCUAACCUCUCUAUACCACGGCGGACAGCUUAAAAUGUAUACUACUCAUCCUAUACCGCCGUUGAUUGAUGGUGCACAACCAGGCUUCGUGAUGACGCAAAUAAACUCUUGGAGCGUGACCGGCAACCGCGAUGCAUUCCGCCAAGGGGCUACCGCAUUCCGGAAUGGUAGAGAUUGGGCCAAACGUCAAAGAGACAACGCAAUUAAUGAAGCAAACGAGAGGGUAUCUGGUGGCCCAACUACUUCAACAUCGGGGGACGGAUUAGGCUUGAGCUUUGAGAGUGAUGCAUCCGCCGCCGAAACAAUUAUCACCAGCCAAGAAACGGUUUUAAAUGCCGCGCCACAUGACUUGCCAGUCUACGAAUCGGAAACUUCCGCGGACGAACUGUCUCUGGACUUUCAGCCUCGGGUGAAACGGACUAAGUCACCGCAGAAGUGGACGUUAACUUAA